AUGACAACGUCUAGAGAUAUACCAAUAUUUUGUUAUCUCAAUGAUACUCAGUACUAUUAUGGUGUCCCAUUUGAUAUGACAUCAGAACCUCCAGUUCCUACUGCUGGAACAAAUAUCACACUUAAUUUUACUAAUGAAAUGUGGUGUGAUAUUGAUACAGAAUCUAGACUUGAUAUUUUAUUGGUAUCUGGAUCCAUAAAGUAUUGGUAUAGUCAUACGAUUUGUAUUAACAAUUUGUGUCCAAUUCCAACUGGAAAGACAUUUACAAUAUUAGUGGAAUUUAAAAUACCAGAAGAGUUGGGAACGAAUUUUCAAUUUUAUCCUUACCUUUACAAAUUAAAUGAAAAUG